AUAUAAACUUAGAAAUAAGUAGAAUACAUGGGUUUAAGGGGUUGAAAAUGAUGCUGCAUUUUGUAAAACCAUCAAAGCUGAAAACUAAAAAGAUAGUGUUUGAGGAUGUUUUUCCUGCCUAUAAUCUUGUAACACUUGAACAUCUUAAGGAAUUAAGCUCUAAGCGUAAAGCGAUUGAAGAUUCUAUUAAUGAGAGCAGCUUCAUUACAGAAGCUAUUGCAAAAGAAAUGUCUGGAGGGUUGGAAUCUCGCUAUGAACAGGAUAUUCAAAAAAUAGAGCAGUAUCUUCCAUUACUGGAAAAUUUGAUUUCCUGUGCUGCUGUAAUAAGCACCUAUGGUGGAAUCCAAAUGGCUCAAUGGACAGUGGCUCUUAAGAUACGCUGGAGUAGUUCCCUCAGCACAUCUUCUUUCUUCAAUUUCAAGGGCUCUAAAUUUUUCCAAGUUGAUAGUCUGCAAUUUGAACUUGGUAUGACCCUUUUUCUUUGUGGUGGUAUCCUGCGCGAAAGGGCCUUAGAAGUUCUAUCAACUGAUUUGGUUCGAUCCACCACCAUUUUCAGAGAAGCUGCUGGCAUUUAUCAUCAUCUAGCGCAAGAGGUUCUCCCCCCCUUACAGCCUGAAUUGCCACCGCAAAAGCCCCCGGAAGCUCUUGCUGAAGUAUCCACCAUUAUGAGUCUCAUUUGCUUAGCUGAGGCCCAGGCAGUAACUGCAAGGAAGGCUGAAGAGAAAGGUACUUCGUCAAGUCUCUUGGCAAAGUUGCAUCAUGGUGUCACACUUUUUCUUGAAGAAGCUAUUGGAAUUUUUCAUACCGUUGUCACACAGUGCAAAGACAUUUCACCGCACUUACUGGAAUUUAUGUAUUUCUGCAAAUGUUUACAUGAGUUGAAAGGUCAGCAACAUCUUGCAGAAAGCCUGAAGGUCUCUGGUCAAAUAGGCGUUGCUAUCGGUGUUCUUUAUUCUGUGUUGACUAAUGUUAAAAAGAAGAUACCAGGAGAAGAGCCUUGGAAAUCCCUUUACCAGAAGCAAAUUCAAGAUUCUUCUGAAGUGCUCAGAAAGUUUGUACAUGAGAAUGAUUUUGUUUGGCAUGAGAAGAUCCCUUCAGGAGAUGAGUUACCCUUGCCUGAGGGUAAUAAAAUAGUCAAUUUUAUAACAUAUAGUCCCAAAAAAUUGGAAAGAAAACUUUCUCUCAAGGUAAAACUGUAGAGAGAAAAAAUAAAUAAAUAAAAGGAAGAGGUUCUUUUCCAAUGAAUGUGAAGGUGGGUCUGAACAAAUGUGAUGUGAAAUAAUUAUUUGUGGAGAAAAAAAUCAUCUGAAUCUCUCUUAA